AUGAGUGUUGAAGCAUUAAUUGAUGAAUUACCAAGUCGUGAGCCUCGUUUUAUCUUACAUAGUCAUGAAUUAAAACAUGCCGAUGGUCGAAUUCAAUAUCCGUUAAAUUUAAUAUUAUAUAUUCCUGAUGGAUGUGGAACAAAUAAUCGUUUUACUUAUGCAUCAACAGCAAAUUCAGUUUCAGAAGCAUCAGGCAUUGCUCGUAUUAUUGAAUUUCGUGAGGAUAUAUCGGCUGAAUGGCUAAGUAAAGAAUUACAAAAAACUUAUUAA